ACGACGCCUCGGGGACCGCCUCCACCGACAUGCCAGGAGUCAGCCGGUGACAUCUCAGUAGCUACGAAGACCACUAAGCAGUAACAUGGUCAGCGGUUCCCUGGCUCAAGGAUUCCCUCCCGUUCACAUCUUCCUGCCCUUCUUCGUAUCACCGUUUCUUCGUGCAUCCUCAACAAUUCUGUAUAUCUCUCUUAUACCCUAUCUCUUCUCAAGGAAGCCUCUCUGGUCCCUGUGCAUGCCGCUGUCACUGUCACCGAUCCCGGUUGAGAUAUCAUCCACGGCGAUCUUACAACAUCGGAUAUCAUGCUCUUCUGGACGCACAUAUGGCUUUAUGCUCUCGGAUGGCGUCCGAUUGUCAAUACUGUUGGGAACUUGGCAUGGUUGUACGGCCUUAUUGGAGGGCUUACGCGUAGGAUGAGGGGAUCAACGAUCAACCAUGACUGUCAGUGCGAAGGAGGGGUGAUCUCUGGGCAUUGUGCA